AUGUCUUUAUCCCCAAACAGCAACGCGCUUGCUCUUAAGCGCAAGCUGCAGCAGCAGACUGACACUCGCCACGAGCCAACGUCUAAACGUCAUAGUAUAUCAGGAUACGAUCCACAGGCCCCAUGGCUCUUCGAGUCAGGCAGGCCGCUCAACGGCUGGCGCACGCUGGGUGAUCCAGCUGUCCAUAACUCGUUGCCACUUGCCAAUAUGGUCUCUGCGGUGCAGGAUCUGAUUGACCCGGACUUCGAUCCGUUGACAGCCAUUUUGGAUGAAGAGCCCCGAUUUCUCAAGCCGCUGCCGAAUCGUAUUGCACGUGAAGAUUUAGAAUUUUUGCGCUUUCGAGGGGCUCUGACGAUACCAGAGAGCGGAUUGCGCAAUGAGCUGUUGCGGUCAUAUAUCCAGUGGGUACACAGUUUUAUGCCGGUGCUCAACUUGCAAGAACUUUUGAGAUGUGUCGCAGAGAACGACCCUGAUGGGAACAUCAGUGUUCUGCUCUUCCAAGCGGUAAUGUUCGUUGGCACGGCUUUCGUCGACUUCAAGCACCUACAGGCUGCAGGGUAUUCGACGAGGAAAGAUGCACGUAAUGCGUUUUUCACCCGAUUACGACUUCUUUACUCCCUUGACUGCGAAGAAGACCGCAUCGUAAUUUUGCAAACAGUGCUACUGAUGACAUAUUGGUCGGACCCCGAGAAUAGCCUGCAGCGAGAUAUCUGGGACUGGAUUGGGGUGUGUAAUACACAGGCACAUUCCAUUGGGUUGAACAAAGAUCCGUCCUCCGCUGAGAUCGACCCCAGGCUUAAACGACUGCGCACUCGAUUGUGGUGGUGUCUCUAUUCCCGGGAUCGAUUGAUUGCCAUGGGAAUGCGACGCCCACUGCAAGUAAAUGAGGGAACAAGCAAUGUUCCUAUGUUAAAACCCGAGGACUUUGACUUUGAACCUUUCUCCAAAUCUGCAGUAGGCCUUUUCCACUGUCGACAACUCGAAGAUGUGUCACACCAAAGGCGCCUGGCCACCAUGUUUAUUGAAAAGGUCAAGCUUUGCCAAUGCAUUGGAAGAGUAAUCUUUGCGCAAUAUGCGCCAUCACAACGACAAUUUGGAGCAACAGACAGGACCACCGUCACACUGGUUCCCCGACAGGCAUCAGAAUCAGAGUUUACUCGAUGCAGCCAGAAAUUAGAUUCAUGGCUUACUGGCCUGCCGAAAGAUGCACAGUUCAUCCCAGCAACAAAGAACAAUUUUCGAGAUGGAGAGGAUGUGCUACUCCUACAUGGCGCUAUGCUUCGUAUGCUUUAUCAUGCAACCAGUAGUGCGCUCCACAGGCCUUGGGCUGCGCAUUCUAAAGACCAGUCAAAAUCUCGAACUGAGUGGCGCAAUGCGGCUCGUGCAAAAAUGCACGAAGCUGCUUCUGGCAUUACCCAUAUUGUUCAAGGCCUCAACCAGCUUAAUCUCACGCGGUUCCUGCCACAGUCUGGCGUGACAGUUAUUCUACCAGCGGCAGUGGCACAUCUUUCCAACUCCGUGUCCGAUAACCCAGCCAUCCGGGAGAGCAGCAUACACAAUUUCCAACGCUGCAUCCAUGUUCUGCACUGCCUCAAGGACAUGUACCCAGCCGCCAACGUUGAAUUUGCAAAUCUCGAAGCCGCAAUCAAGCUACAAUCGGGCAAUUACACCAACAACACAUUUUUCCAGAUUAUGCAGAACAACUUCGACACUCAGACUAACCCUGCCGACUUAACCCGAAAUGACUCAGUAUCAACACCCCAUUCCUUCCGCCAAGAAAGCACCAAGUCCGAUGUACAAACCCCAGCAUCCCACAGAACACCAUCCAUAUACGAAGAGAGCCAAAACCAACAACGAAACCAAAGCAUUCCGACACCCCGCGAACAAUCUCAAACCCCUCGACAAACCCACCGCCCAUUCCCCAACGACUUUGACGACCACUUCGCGAUCGAAACAGCCUCUGACGAUAGCAAUCCCUUCAAUUACCUCUCCGUUGAUUUCGACUUCCCCGAUUUAGCAGAUCCCACAUCAACACGCGUCACACAGCCAAUGGAGAUCUCACCCCCAGCAGAAGAUCUUGAUGAUCUGGACUGGACAAAGGCUCUAUUCCAGGGGACAUCGCUAUCAGAGCUCGAUAAGUCGGGAUCUUCCGAUCAACAACGUCGUGUUCAGCAGAAUGCACCACAGCGUCACGAGCAGGAAAAGGAACAAGAUAUCUUUUCGUUCGCGCUUAAAGACGAUGAUUUUGAUGAUGGGGCGAGACAUCAGUCUAGGCAUGGUGAUAUAACGGGUGAUUUGGAUCGCGAUUUAGGAUUCCAGACUGGCGAUGAGAUGUUCUAA